AUGUCUAUUUACAGAUUGUUUCCCAAUUGUAACUGUUUAUAAUUUUAAAAAUCCUUUCAAGGUCAUUAAAGCAAUUUCACGCAUAGAAACCUCAGUUCUUCUCAUUUCAAUACACUUACUAUAUUAGUUAUCAUUGUUAUUAUUACUAUCAUUUUGUAUAUAUAUUUUUUUCACUUGAUGCUUCAUAUAAAAGCAUUAUCAUAAAUUGGAUUAACAUUUUACAUUGGCAUAGAACAGGGUUUUUUUCUUUCUAUUUAUAUAUUUACAUGAGUUCAUGGUGUAUAACUUAGACCGACUUGUUUUUAUUAUUUUUCAUUUUGUAUACAUAUAUUUCAGUUUUAAAAGGAUUAUACAAAGUUUUCAUUGAACAUACUAUUUCUAAAUGAAUACCGGAUGUUUAUAUGUACGUAUGCAUAUACAUACACUUUUUUUUUUAAAAAAAGAUGUGUUUAAAGUCUGAAUUACUAGACUAACUGCACAAAUCAACACUUUGUUUCAGUAUGCACAAUAGGGGAACUUUCAAAUGGUCUGUCUGUAUAAUAGUCAUACUGCAUUAAUACACAAAUAUAUAUGUAUAUAUAUGUAUAUCUAUGUAUAAUAUGUGCCUUUAUCGCUCACUAUUCGAAGAUUCUUUGACCACAUAUGAUGGUUUAUACUUUACAAUUUACAAUUUUCAUCAUGGAUAGGUGCUUUGAAUUAAUGAAUACAUAAUUUAAAAAAAGAAGAGAAACAUAUAUAUAUUUCUUGAGUUAAUCUGUAUCUAAUCACUACGAUUGUUGUAUAUACUACAAGAAUUACUUUAUCAUUAUGGAUUUCUAUAAACAUGAAAUUGUGGAUAAUUAAUAUUAUUAACCUCUUCUAAAUCAAUAUCCAACUAUAUCAAAGUUUACUGAUUAAAUAAUGAAUUAUUUAUACUGCCGUUACUAUCAGUUAACGUUCAUUUUAUGUAUUUUUCAUUGGGUUUUACUAUUAUCAAGAAAAUGUCUAGCGGUAGAUGAAAUUGAAUUACGUCUUCGUAUGCGUGAAGAAAUUGCACCAUCUACACGUAUUGGUUCAGUGAUAUCAAGUUUACCUGUUAAUUUACGAUCACAAAUGCAUUUUUUAACUGAUAGUACAUUUUUUACAGUCACACCAACAAGUGGUGAAAUACGUGUUGGACGUUUAAUUGAUAGAGAACGGCUAUGUCCGGAAUUUAAACUUUGUUGUGGUGUGAUUACAUGUGAAUUAAAAGCUAGUAUUUUUGUAACAAAUAAAGCUGCGGGAGAAUUUGCCGCUAGUGUUUUAUUGAAAGUGGAAAUUCAAGAUCAAAAUGACAAUAGACCAACAUUCAAUGCACAAAGUCAGACAGUUACUUUAUCUGAAGCUACUGCUGUGGGCACAUUAAUAAGUAUUAAUGCAGCGACAGAUGCAGAUAUUGACCCUGAAAAUCAGAUACAACGUUAUACUCUUGUCGAACCUACAGGCACAUUUAAACUAGAUUUAUCUGGACUCCCUACAGUUCGUUUAGAAUUAUUACGUCCACUUGAUAGAGAACAAGUAUCUGAAUAUAAGGCAAGCUUAGAAGCAUGUGAUCCUGGUGCAUGUACACGACAAACACUAGAAAUCCAAAUUCUUGACGAAAAUGACAAUAGCCCACGUUUAGCAAACACCCGAUUUAAUAAACGAUUAAUUGAAAAUAUUCCAGUUGGUACUGUAGUAUUACAACUGAACGCUACUGAUAUUGAUUCAGGAGAAAGAGGCAGGGUUAUGUACAGUUUUCAUGGAAAUAUUGAUUCCGAUUUAACUGAAACAUUUGAGCUUGUUCGAGAUACCGGUGAAAUUAAACUGAAAAGACCGUUAGCAGCAAAUAUACGUGAUAGCUAUGAAUUCAAAAUUAUUGCAUGUGAUGCAGUAAAUAGAGCAUGCAGUGGAGAUGAGAAUUCAACUGCUGACAUCACAUUUACUGUAGAAGAUGUGAAUAAUUUCCCACCAUCAAUUCAUGCUGUGGCUGCAGGAGCAGCACUAGUUACUGGCUCAAUCGAUCAAAAUAAAGGAAUUGAGUCAAAAACAGGUGAAUCAGAUCAUAACAAUUUCAAUGAACCAAAACCCGGUGACGAAUUAAGUAUCUUAGAGAAUUCUCCACCAAGUCAAAUAGCAGUUUUAACUGUUCGUGAUGAUGAUACUGGUGAUAAUUCUAAAGUAUCAUGUUCGUUAAAUGAUACGAAUAGUAACAUAUUAUCAAACGGUGAAAAGACCACCCAAAAUUUUAUACUUACUCCUAGUACUCCAGGAAUUUAUUCAUUACGUACUGCGAAAGUAUUUGAUUAUGAAAGUGAAUCAACUGUACGUACAACAGUUGUUUGUCAUGAUUAUGGUAAACCACAACAACUAACUUCAGCUAGAGUGAUUACAGUACAAAUUAUUGAUGUUAACGAAUUUCAACCGGAAUUUUCACGUCGUGUUUAUGUUAGUCGAGUACCAGAAAAUGCACCACCAGGAAUGGAUAUUCUUACAACUACAGCAUUAGAUAGAGAUAGAGCUGCUGUUUUAAGUUAUAAAUUUGCACCUACUUCAACAUUAUCAUUUAAUGAAGAGGGAAAAGAUUUACAUAAAUCUGAUAGUACACAAACAGACGAUGGAGUUUAUAAACAUUUUAUUAUUGAAUCACAAACUGGAAUAAUACGAACAAGUCAAAUUCCAUUAGAUCGAGAGAAAAUUGGAAGUGUGACAUUAGUUGUUUUGGUAACGGAUUCAGUUUCAGCACCAAUGUUUACAGCUACAACAACAGUAUCUAUAGAAAUAUUAGAUGAGAAUGAUAAUGCUCCUGUCUUCACUAAUCCUCCAGUAAGAUCAGCUGAAGCAUCUCAAGGCGAUAAUGAAAAAUUUGCUUUCACAAUCAUGGAAAAUGCCCCACGUUUUACACAAUUAAGCCAAAGAUUAGAAGCUAGAGAUCCGGACCAAGGCGAUAAUGGAAGAGUUCAGUUUUCUUUGCUAGCCACAUAUGCUCUUACGAAGUCACCAAGACGAAAUCAAUUUAUUGGAUCCUCACCAAAUAUGUUGACUAGCUUUGAACAUUUCAUUGAUAGACCAGGAUCAAAUCUCAAUAGUGAAGUCGGAAUGACACGUCAUGUGGUUGAUCAGCCUAUAUUUCGAAUUACGUCAAAUGGAGUAAUUGAAACGUUAGUUGAGCUAGAUAGAGAAACAGUACCUGUAUAUAUACUUAAAAUUGGAGUUCGCGAUCGUGGAGCUCAGCCACUUGCAAGUACAACGAUGUUAAGAGUAAACGUACAAGAUGCGAAUGACAAUGCUCCUGUUUGGGUUUUCCCCACACCUGUGGAUAGAACAAUUAAUCUAACCACUGGAAUGAAACCUGGAAGUUUAGCUGGCAGACUUAGAGCAGAGGAUGCCGACUCUUUCGAAGCGGGAAAAGUUGAGUAUCUGUUUCUUGGACCUCGGGGUGAAACAAUCGAUGGUGUUACUUUAGAGGAUGGUCUGCUUAAUGUUCUCAAUCCUCCUAAAUCAAGCUUAGCAAAAACAGUGAAACCUGGACAAAAGCUAUCCUCAAACCCAGAUGACUUGAAAGGAUAUCGUGCUGGUCCUUUGUAUUUAAACGGAACAACUGGUGAAAUUUGGGUUGCUCAAGCUUUGACAUCCGGAACAAUAAAUCUGCACUUGCGUGCAGAAGACCAGGGAACUCCCCGUUCCCAUACAGAUGCAUGGUUAACUAUCAACGUUUUCAUCGAUCCGAGUGAAGGCAUCGGAUUUCUGAGUUUUGGCGGGGAUGGCACACUAAACGUCACAAUAAUUUUAGCUAUGAUAACUGUGACGGCCAUUAUAUCGCUGUUUCUAAUUAUUGGAAUAGUUUGUGUUCGUCGGCGACCGACAAGAUACACUUUGGCUCGUAAUGUCGCUGGAACUGAUGGUGGGGUUUCUCCCGGAAAUGCAGCCACAAGCUUCUCAAUGGAUGUUGCUAAAGAAAAUAUGUCUACAAAUAUGAACAGUGGUUGGUCUUCACCUGUAGUGACUUACGGUGCAAAUCAUUUUAUACCUGGGCAAGCCAAUGGGGGAAACUCAAUUAUGGAAGACGGUCAAAUGUUUACAGCGCUUUAUGGGCAUGGAGGAGUUAUGGGAUAUGGAGCUGUCAUGUCACCAAGCGACACAGCAAGUUUGAUUUAUGUACCACAAGCCCAAACAACACCAAAUAUAAUAGGGUCCUUAGGAGGUUCAAUGACACCAGUACCAGUUGACCUUACGACAACAGGUUCAGAUUAUCCUUCUCGAAAUCAUAUGCAUACAUUUGGAACUUUAACACGAACACGUGGUUCAGUUGGGCAAAGUGUAUUUGCCGCUCCACCUGGUUGUGCAAUCGCUUAUGAACCUCAUUUAGAUGCUGACAGUGGAGAUUCAGGCAGAGGUCCAUCUGAAGAAGGCAAUCAAUUUUUAUUAUCAGAUAAUUAUCGAAAUGGCAUGAACAUACCUGGACAGCACGGCACAUAUCAGUAUAACACGUACUCUGGAUAUCGUCCAAGCAGCAGAAUUGGCUAUUACAGAAAUCCGAGUUUAGAUAACACAGGAAGUUUGACUAAACUCCAUUCAAUCGCAUGUCAAAAUCCAACACCAGGCGGUUCAUGUGCAUGUUAUAUAGUUUCUGAUAAUACAAUCAUUCAACCAAUAGCUCAGUAUGGAAAUAACAAUGGUCCCGGAAUGACUUAUCAUCCAGAGCAUACAUCACCUCAGAAAAUAAUGCCAUUAACGCUAGAACAACAGCAAAUGGAACAUUCACGAGGUGAACACAGUUUACCUCCCGUACCUCCACCUAGAAGUCCACAGAUGCCUUCAUCUACCGUCACAUUACGUAAAAAUUACACAACAAAUAUGCCAUCAGGUCUCUCAAAAUACAGUGAAUCUUCCGCUAAAAUGAAUUCAAGUGCUUCAGGUUUAUACCCACAUUCGGAAAAUAACCAUGAAUUGACGCAUUCAAAUAACAAUUUUGAUCAUAAUGGUUUUAAUCAACUAGACGAUCAGUCGUCAAACAUAAUUCAAACACCACUAAGAAUUGAUUUAAGAGGACAGUCUACAACAGAUUAUAAUACAUCAGAAAAUGAUUAUGAUUCAGCAUCGAAACAACAUCGAUUGGUAAGAAAUGGUUUAAGUAUUGGUUUACCUCCAUUAGCUAGUAACCAUGCAUUAAACCAAUCAGUCAAUAAUCAAUCUAAACAAAAAUCAAAUCCUUUAUCAAAUCCAGAACUUCAACUAACAGUAUAAAUAGCAUUUUCUUGAAUGCAUUUGUUAUUUUGUAAUCAUAAUAACAUUUUGUUAAAAAUUUUCAUUUCAAUAUUUCUCAAAAGUCAAAUCUAGUUCAUAUAUGUAAUAAUCACAAACGUCUUUUCAUAUUAGUUUAAAGAAAAUAUUUUCUUUUAUCAAAAAAUUACCUCAUAUUCAACUUUCCUGGAUCAUGUUAUGAAGAAUCAACAUCUGAACAUAAAUACACAAUUCCUAACUCAUUUGGCAAUAAAACGUUCUAUUUGAAUUAUUCAUUGUCACUAAACGUGAAAGAAGAAGCGGAAAAUUAUACAUCCCCACUUUUAUACUUUUAACGUUUUUCAAAUUGUGUGAAAACAUUAAAUGUAAACAUAAAUUAGUCUCAUUUUCUAUCUAUAAAUAGAUUCUAAAGCAAAAAAAUCUAUCAGAAUACUUAAUCAACUGGUUUAAUUGAAACUGCUUAAAUCGUUAUACAAGUUUAUUAUAGAUGUAGAUAUAUACAUUAUAUAAAUACUUUAAGAUUCCUUCCUGGGUUUAUAUGAUAAAUUCUAAAUAUUUUCUGACGCUUUUUUUCUAUUAAAAUAAAAGACAUAAGUAGAAGACAGAAAGAGUGUUGGCCGACCAACAAAUAUUGAAGAAAGCAAUAUAAAAAAAUAGCCCCCCCCCUCAAAAAAAACAAACAACUAGACUAACACAUCACCGUAACCACCACCAUAGCAACAACCAUUAAAAUAUUAACAAAGAAAAUCUUUUUUUUAAUUGACAUAAAAUUUAUUAUGUAUUUCUAAAUAUAAAAAUACAAAGAAAGAAGUAAGUUAUAUGAAGUAUACUUGUAUAAAUACACUCGGAAGUAAAUAAUACAUCUAAAAACCGUCAAACAUUUUACUCUUGAUAAAUAAGGAAUAUAUACACUUCAUCUUUGGUAAUCCUCUUUGUUUUUGUUUUUUUGUUGUUUUUUUUUAGAAGAAAAACAAAAUGUUAGGAUAAAAUAUUCUGUAUGAUUGUGUUUUACUAUAAGUUAGUCUAAACUAUGAAAUUUCAAAUUGACUAUUUGCACUUGUACCCUGUUUUUCCCUCCUCUCUCUUCUCUCUCUCCUUAAUGCAUGUGAUAUUAAAUUUGUUCUUUUUCGCUUCUCUGCAUGUAUGAUAAGUGAAGCAUAUGAAAUAAUUAAAAAAUUACAUUGGUAUAUACUUAUACAUAAUACAAAAAAAUGUUCACAAAUGGUUACUCUUUUCAAAUACACCUUUCUCUGCAUAUAUAUACAUAUAUAUACAACAAAUGUAAAUAAAUUUAUUUUGAAUGGUGAUAUAUUUUCUUCAAAAAUAUAUAUAUACUUUAUCCACUUG